AUUGCCAUUGCCUCCGCUCCUAUUCUUUCUCGGGUGUUUUGUAGCUUCGCGUUGCUCCCCCCAGCGCCGAUGCUUCGAUUCUUGCUAUAAAUACGCGCGUCCGGCGGGCCAGACGCCCAGACACCGUCCGUCCUCCACUACUCCCCGCCACAGCCACAACCACCAGCUCAGCCGACAAGCAGCAAGGUCGUCAUCAUGGAGUACAGGGCGGCGAGGCGGCGGCACGUGCCGGCGUUCGGGGAGUGGAACUACCGCUGCUCGCCCUGCUCCCCGGACGAGGCCCCGCCGGGCGCCGCCGCGGCCGGGUGGUGGUGCUCGCCGGAGCCGGCGGGGGCUCGCAGCGACGCCGCCGCCUGCUUCCGCUACUCGCCGCGCAGCAGGCCGCCGCCGCCGCCGGCGGCGCACAGGAAGGCCAGGAGGCCGGAGGAGAUCAAGCGGCCGCAGUACUGCAGCGCCGGCAGCGGGAAGGGGAGCGGUGUGGCCGUGGCGGCGCGGGUGAGGGAGGAGCCCGCCGGCGCCGGCGCCGACGUGGUGGUGGUGGCGCGCCCGGCGGCCAGGGCCUCCCGCCGUGUGGUCCGGCCCGUGGACGAGGACCUGUACCAGGUGACCUCGCCGGAGUUCGUCGUUUCCACCCGCCGCCGGCCGCGGCAGAAGAGAGCGGCGAGGAGCCGGUGGAUGGGUUGCCUGGGCGGCCUCGGCUGCAUCGCCUGAACCCUGAAGCGAACCAGCGGAGAUCAAGACUACACUUGGAAUACAAUGCAACCAUGGAGCUGCGUAGCGUAGCAGUGGUGUACUCCGUCGUGUGCUAUUUUCUCUCUCAGAUCAUUUGCCUUUUCUUCAUUUCUGAAAACUUCCGUUUGCCUUUCUAAUUUCAUCUGGUAGAUUUUUUUUUUGAGGGAAUCUGGUAGGUUAAGACUAGUCGUCCACUGUAUAUUGGUGCUGGUGCUUCACUCUUAUGAGCCCCUACGACUCCGAGAUAAAGCACCAGGACAUGUAAAAUUAUUAUGGAAUCAAUCGAACAUGCAUGCAUGCAUGCUGUCAUGUAUGUGGUUUAA